UGAACCCUACUCGUAUCUAAAUAGAACUUUGGUCGUUUAAUAUUAAGGCGUUGUGUGUUUAUAAUUAAUUUUCCUGGAUCUAUGUGUUAUUCUCUUUGUAAAAUACCUAAUAAAUCUUUUUUAGAUGUUUAAAGUGUUCCGUUAAAAUGAAAAUUAAGUUUUCGAUUCUAUAACUCAGCUAUUCUAUUAUUGGAACCUAGAUAAUUUCUGAGUGUCUGAAGUCGUUUAUUGUGUACUGACAUUGCAUUUACAUUUUUUAUAUUGACAUAGCCAUGGUGAUAUAGAAAUAAUUGGAAAAUAUUAAAUACCGACAUUUUCGAACUAACAUUGAAAGAUAGCAUUACGUCAGAGUCAUCAGCGGUCGAAUGUGUGAUUGUUGGAAUACAAAAUGGAGGAAUCUGAGGACAACAUGAGCUCAGAAGACAUUAGGUAUGAUAAUAGUCCUUUGACUGCCCGAGUUAAGCCAAAAAAACGAUCAUUAAUUGAACGCGAAUUAGAAACUAAUUUAACAGCGAGAGUAACUUCUCCUAUUACAAAUUCUGAUUUAGGCAGCACCAGUCGUUAUGGCAGAGCUCGGAGGAUUAAAACUGAUAGUGAUUUUUGCGAUAUAGAGAAAACGGUAACAAAAAAUCUUAAGUCACCGAACCCUAAGCCGGAGAAAUCACCUAAUACUAUACAGUCUCCAGUCUAUAAAAUGCACGCUUCCAAUUCUCCCAUCAGAAUUGAAACACCAAAGCAUUCAGAAAACUCCUUAGACAAUACGAUAGAGAGUAUUUAUAGUGAAAACAAUUCUCUGAGUCGUUUUGGUUCUGAAGAAAAGAAAUCGAAAUCAUCAACAAAGAAAUAUCCUAAAGUAUACAUACGAAAAGACCUCAUACAAAGUAAAGAUAAAGACACCGAUGAUACUGUUGUUCUGAUAAAAAAUAUGUUUUCUCCGAGUAAUAGUAACAAAACAUCCAAUUAUUUAAAUAGCCUAGAUGAUUCUGAGAAGUAUAAUUCACAUACUACAAAAAAAGCUUCGAAUGGAUAUUUGAAUUCUGUUGUUAAAACAUUAGAUUUUGGUGGUAGUAAGAAGAAAAAGAAUGUUGGAUCUGAGAUGGGUUUUUCUAAAAGUGAAUUGUUUGAAAUGGAGGCCAAGAGUGAGUACCAGGUUGGUGAUUUGGCUUGGGCAAGAAUGGGAACAUAUCCUUUUUGGCCAUGCAUUGUAACUAGAGAUCCGUUGAGUGAAAUGUUUGUUAAGAAAAAGUUGUUUGGACGUAUUGAGCGAGAUGUCUUACAUGUGACCUUCUUUGGUGACAAUGGGCGCCGCGGCUGGAUCGUGGACAGCAUGUUGAAGAAGUUCCUUGGUCAGCUCGAGUUUGAAGCAACACGCAUGAAUUUUACACCCGAGGCUAAAAAGAAGGAUUCCAGGCUAUACUCUGCUUUCUUCAUAUCAGAUAAAAAAUUAUCGUCAUGGCAAAUUUCGGUCGAAGAAGCGGAGACACUGUUGAGAGAACCAAAAAGAUUAAGAAUCGACAUCCUAAAUGAUAUGCUUGAAAAAUCUCGAGUAGGCAAAGGUACUCCGAAACAAGAGAAAAGUAAGAGAAUUACCAGAACAAAUAGUGAUGUGUCUUUAAGUGAAAGUUUGUAUGAUACACUAUUUUCUGAAGAUGACACCAAAGCAAAUGAUUCAGAAAGAUCAAGAAGCAAAAGCAGAAAUAGAUCCUUAAAUGUGUCAGAAGUUGUAACUGCUUGUCUCGACAAUAUGGCAGCUAAAACUGGGAUUACUAAAAUCCAAAGGCAAUCACACAUGGAUAGAUGGCUGCAAAAAGCCAAGUCAAAGACACCCGAAAAAUCUCACAUCAAAUCUCACAGUGGUAAAUCAAAUAACAGUGCCAAAAUUAAAAAAAACCUACCUCGAGAUGCACAUUCCAAAAAUGUCAGACACUGUAGAAAAUCCAGCCUUGAAUCUCAACCUGAAAAUGAAACUAAAUUAACAUCACACCAAAAUGAACAUGAUUAUAGUCAAAAUUAUUGUGAGGGUAAUAGUCCUGUCAUUUUAGAUGAUGUCGAAAUUGAAUAUGAGAAUGCAGAAAUAUUUACAACAGAUUCAGUUGAACCUGGUUCAGGCAUAGGUAUUAUAUCUAAAGUUGAAACCCUUUGUCCUAAGGAAGCUUUGGAUAAAAAUGAAGAAAGUGUGAUAAUAACAGUUGUAAAUGAUGACAUUAGUGUUUCUGAAUCAAAAGUUGAAAGUGAAAUUGGUAAUCGAAUCAAUGAACACUUAGAUACUGGAGGUGAUUUGAACAGUGAAGUACAAAUUGAUGCAAAAUCUGAAAAAAUGCUCGAAGAUUCCAAAAAAAUAAAAGACAUAGAAAUAGAAAAAGACAGUCAAACUGAUUCUGUAAAUGCUGAUGUAACAGAAAAUAUGGAAAUUGAUGAUGACACUAGUGAAGGUAUAAUUGAAAAUUCAUUAGAAAGUGCAAUUAUUAAUAAUAAGGAAUUAGAAGUUAAGUCUGGUGAACCAAGUAAUAAUGUUUUAAGUACAGAUGGGGGUGAAGAAUGCAUGGAAGUGAGUGACUUGCAUACAGAUAUUGAAUCUAAUAAUAUGAAUGAAAUACUUAAUAAUGAAUUACCACUAAUUAAUACCUUUUGUAUUUCUUCAAGUGUCAACAACCCCAAUGUUAUCAAUGAAGAAAGCAGUACAAUUAUAAAUACUUUACAAGAAAAAGAUGUAAAUGAAAAAUUUGAGAAGAAACAAGUUAAAAAUAUUUAUCGAAAUAAAAGACAAUCGAAAGUGUUAGAAGUUAGUGAUUUGAACAAAGAUAAUAUUAAUAUAGGAAGUACAAGUGAAAAUUGUGUGGAAAUCUUAAAAUUAGACAGUAUAAAUGUAAAUGUUGACAAUAAUGUCGCCCUCGAGAAGAUUGAAGACAGUUGUAAUAAAGAUAGUGUAAAUAAUAAGGAAAGUUCUAAUGAUAUAGUUAAAGCAGCUGAAGGAAGUAAAUUAGUUACACUAGAAUUAAAAAAACAAAUUAUAAACAAUAAAAAAAAACUAGAAAAUGGCUUGUGUGACGACGAAAAUGUUCAAUCAGAUAAUGAAGGCGUAGCGCCUUCAACUGUUACUCUAAAGUUAAAAAAUAUAACUAAAUAUAAGUUGUCUCUUAAUAAGUCAGCAGAGAAAACAAGCGACUCGAUAAAAAAACCUGAUACAUUUGAAAUAAAAUCUAAAAAUUGUAAUGUAAUCAAAACAUCACCUAAUUGUGAAAGUAAAGCAAAAAAUUUUCACUAUAAAAACUGCGCAAUCACUAAGGAUAACAUCAUAAGUUUAGAUUCCGUUAGUAGUUUAGAACUAGUAACGAUAGAAGGUACAAUAAUAACACAAAAUGGUUUUACUGAUCAUGAUAAAUUUGAAACAUGCACUGUCGAAAAUGUGGAACUUGUUCCUAAUAAAGAAAUAAAUGACAAUACAGAGAUUAAUAUAAAUCAGAUUGAUGAAAUAAAUUUUCAAGUUAGCGACAAAGAUUUUGAUAAUAUAAAUAUUUCUAAUUAUGUGGUACAGCCGUUACAAACGGAAGGCGAGUGUGUUACAUGGAAUGGAUAUCACGAAACAAAUAAAAUUGAUAUAACCGAAAAACAAAAACAAAUUGAUGUUAAACAAAAUACCUGUAAUGAAGACAAUAUUUUUAUUGAAACUAAUUUCAUAGAAGAUAAUGAAGAGAUUUCACCAUAUGAGUCAGGUUUAAAUACUUGUAGCAAUAUUUCUGUUUCAGAAGAUUUAGUUGAAAAAGAUACAAAUAUUUAUGAUAAAACUAAUCUAGAAACAGAUGAAAAAGAACCUGAUAGUAUGUCAGUAAAAUCAGAAGACAGUGAAGCAUCACUAAGUAAAAAAAAACAACGCACAAAAGAUAAUAAAAAGAAAUUUGAAGAACCGGACUUUUUAAAGUAUUUAGAACUAAGACAAGAUGCAGUUAUGGACGAACAUCCAGAACUGUCACUCGAAGAUAUCACCAAUUAUUUGUAUAAUACAUGGCUUUAUGAAGAGAGUUUGAAAACUGACACAAAAAAAGCAGAUGACGUGGAUCAAGCAAAUUUAGUCAAAGGCCUAAACCAAGACACAAUCCCGCUGAAAAAAGUUCGUAAAAAGACUAGAGUCGACAAAGAAAAAGAUAAAGAACGAAACUUUGACAAAGAGGAAAAUAUACAAAAGGAAAAAUCAAAACGAAGAAUUAUUAGACCAUACUACAGAGAAGAUUUUUCAGAUGCCGAAGAGGAUUCGGAAUAUUUUGACAUCUUUAAAGUAAAACAAAAAGCUCCUAAGCAAAUUGAUAAUUUAAAUGAACCAAUUAUAAAUGUAAGCUAUCAAAAUGAUUUUACAACAAGUGAAGAACCAAUUGAAUAUGAAGAAGAGAUGGGACAAGACGAAAUAGAUCAAGUUGAAGAAUAUUUUAGACAACUAACUGCCCCUAAGCCUAAUUUGUUUAAAGGUUUAAUAAGGGAAAAAGUUUGUGAAAUCUGUGAAAGAGUUGGCAAUCUUGUGAAAUGUAAAGGAUGUCACUGUAUGUUUCACACUGAUUGUGAUAAAAAACAAACUGAAAUCAUCGAAAUAUCUGCACCUAUUAGAGGAGGUAGAAAAAAGAAGAAAAAAAGGGGAAGGAAAGCAAAAGAAGAUAAUAAUGGUCUAGAUUCUGAAAGUCAGAGUGACGAAAAAUCUCAAGAUGCAAACAUUUCCGAUGAAAUCCAGAAUACGUCUAUCGAUGAAGAAGAUUCUCAUAUAGUGGCUGAUGCGGAAGUAUUUGAAGCUCAGCUUGUUGCUAAAAUGAAAGAAAUCCUCGAAACUCCAGAUGAAUUGGAUUAUGAUUCGUAUUCGAACGAUGAAAACGAUUGGAGCGAUAUUGAUGUUGGGGAAUGCAAAAUAGUAGACAUAAAACCGCGUCUAAAAGAUCGAGAAGAAAAUACCGAUUAUUCAGACUUUAAAUGCUAUAAUUGUCAAAAAAACGAAAUACCAAUUUGUUUUGUUUGUAAAUCAUCUAUUUCUCCUAAAGAUAAAGCGGAACAUAGACAGCGGUGUCAAGUAGCACACUGUCAAAAGUACUAUCAUCUAGAAUGUUUGGACCAUUGGCCCCAAACACAAUUCAACGCUGGCGAACUUUCUAGAACGAAUAAAAGUAAUGAAUACUGUGAGGCAUUGUCCUGUCCAAGACAUGUGUGUCAUACUUGUGUUUGUGAUGAUCCGAGAGGCUGCAAAACGAGGUUUAGUGGGGAUAAGCUAGCUAGAUGCAUCAGAUGUCCCGCUACAUACCAUACAUUCACCAAAUGUCUUCCAGCGGGCACACAGAUUUUGACUGGCUCACAUAUUAUUUGUCCCAGACAUUAUGAGCAUAGGCCUGGUAAAGUUCCUUGUCACGUUAAUACUGGCUGGUGUUUCAUAUGUGCUUUGGGGGGCUCACUGAUAUGCUGCGAGUACUGCCCCACAUCCUUCCACGCUGAGUGCCUUAAUAUUAAACCACCUGAAGGUGGUUACAUGUGUGAAGAUUGUGAAACUGGUCGGUUGCCUCUGUACGGGGAAAUGGUUUGGGUGAAAUUAGGACACUAUAGAUGGUGGCCGGGUAUAAUCCUACACCCGUCAGAAAUACCACAUAACAUAUUAGCGGUUAAGCAUUCCCAAGGAGAAUUUGUGGUGCGAUUUUUUGGUCAGUAUGAUCACUAUUGGGUGAAUAGGGGACGCGUGUUUCCCUUUCAAGAAGGUGAUUCUGGAAAAGUGUCUAGUCAGAAGUCUAAAAUAGACGCAGCAUUCACGAUGGCGAUGGAGCACGCGCAGAGGGCCUGUGAAAUACUUAAAACCGCAUCGCCCAACGAAGAGGAAUCGAUCGACAUCGCGUCGUCCCUGCUGCCGCCGCACUACGUCAAGCUGCGCGUCAACAAGCCGUGCGGCUCGCUGUGCGGGAGGAGGAUAGACGUAGAGGAGAGCUCGCUCACCCAGUGCGAGUGCGACCCCGCCGACGUGGACCCGUGCGGGCCCUACACGCAGUGCCUUAAUAGAAUGUUACUGACAGAGUGCGGUCCGACGUGUCGCGCGGGGGAUCGUUGCAAUAACAGAGCGUUCGAGAAACGCCUAUAUCCCAAGAUGGUGCCUUACCGGACCCCCCACAGGGGUUGGGGUCUGAAGACGCUAGUCGAUGUCAAAGCAGGUCAAUUUGUAAUUGAAUAUGUUGGUGAGCUGAUAGAUGAAGAUGAAUUCAAGAGACGCAUGCGCAGGAAACACGAGGUCCGAGACGAGAACUUUUAUUUCCUAACACUGGAUAAGGAGAGGAUGAUAGAUGCCGGCCCGAAAGGGAACUUUGCAAGGUUCAUGAACCAUUCCUGUGAGCCGAACUGUGAGACGCAGAAGUGGACGGUGUUGGGUGAUAUACGUGUCGGUCUGUUUGCGCUUUACGAUAUACCUGCUAAUAGUGAACUAACAUUCAACUACAAUUUAGAAUCAGCCGGUAUCGAGAAGAAACGUUGUAUGUGUGGUGCGAAGCGUUGUUCGGGUUAUAUAGGAGCUAAGCCAAAACAGGAUGAUCAACCAAAGAAAACUAAAAUAACAACAAAGCGUACGUACAAAAAGCGCAAACAGAUAGAGGAUUCGCCGUCAACCAGUCGGAACAAGCCAAGAAACAGAGUCGGUAGACCUAAUAAACCGAGAGAAUUGACGGAAAUAGAAAAAGACUUGCUGAUAAUCAAAAAUGCAACAAGCGGCAUUUCUAGCGAUUCAGAAUGCAGCGGAAGGCUCAGCAGUAUUGAUAGUUCAAGAGAUGCCAAAGCUUCGAAGAGGAAACGAACGAAUGUGUCGACGGAGGAAGUCCUUUCAUCCCCGAGUACGAAACGGAUGAAGAGUGAACUGAAAUCGAGCGAAUUGGACUGAUUGAAUGACGUUCUAAAUCAUGUUAAUAGUUUCAUUUGUACGUUGAGAAUUAUGAAUUUUAUUUACUUGUAAAUAAUUAGUUAUCGCUUUACAUAUCAGCUGCUAUGAAUAAAUAUGUAUUCGAA